ACGGCCCAGCAGGACUACCUAAUGGCGUUCCUUCUUUGAUUCCCGUGUAUUCUCUUACUCAACCCCAUUACAUGCCCCCACCACCAAUGAUUGAGACGAACCAUGGGCCAUCGUGGCAUCAUCACAACACAGCAGGGCGUCCAAUACUUCCAAACUCGCUCCGUCCUACUCCUUCCUACCAACAACAGGGUGACUCGCGAAGUCGGGGCCAGGACACUGCGCUUGCUGAUCGUCCCUCGAUGUCGACGCUGCCUCCAACCUUGACAGAGGACCAGCUGACUCGUUUGGACAGACUUACCCGAGACGCUAUCGACGAGAGGCUGAGAGUAUUAGAGGGUGUCUCGGGAGCCGUUUAUCGUUGUAUCGAGGAACUCACGAGAGUGAGGAGUGUCUUGCCUCCUGUGCCUGCUCAGGGCGCAGGUGUGAGCCUUGCAUCUUCGAGCAGGCAGGCCUCCAGCAGCGGAAGCUCGGGUGCUUCAGCCUCAUCGGCUACACCCGAGCCAUUGUCCAGAACAACGAGAGAUGACGGUGCGGCUCAUAGUGUCCGAGUCUCAGACGAUGCGGUACGAGACGCAUCAGUCGGUUCGGAAUCAGUCGGUUUGCCUUCCGCAGCCUAAUCUGUAGACGUUAUUUCUGUAGGCAUAAAAAUUGUGGAAUGAAGGUUUUGUUUUGUCACGUUAGUUUCCGUCGUUCUGUCUCGUUUUGUUGCAGGUCUUUCCGUUCAUUCUCCAUUAUGAAGACAUGUACCAAGCUAUUUAUACAUACUACCUGGGACGCUGUCAUCGACUGUAACGAAUUCUUGCUUC